AUGGUCCCUAUUGUUGGAGAGGUGUUAGGUACAAUUGAGGGAUUGGCUGACGUUGGCCUUGUGCUCAGCAUUGCCGGAACAGCUGCGGAUAUCCGCACAGGCGUCGCCGAUAUUGUGAAAACCCCCAAUAACGCCGCACUGGACAUCAUGAACAUUGUCUCCAGGGGGGCUAAGCUCCGUCGUGAGAUGGAGGAGGCUCACAUUGCAAAACUUGGUGACAAAGUCUCCAGUGGCCUGAGGAGUGUCGAAAAACUUGCCGGAAAGUGCUCAUGA